UCAGCUGAACCGUUAAAGCGCGCGCUGCUUGCUGACCACCCCACAGUCCACAGGAAUACCAUUUUAGUGCGGAUCUCCGGACGCAUAACCAAGCACCAUGCGCCUCCUCGUCUCCUUCUCCUCUUUCCUCCUCUUUCUCCUCUCCGUCGUGGCCGGAGCCGAGCCGCGAGUCCGCUGUUCCGACGUCUGCGACGUAAGCGCGUGCCCGAGCCCGAGCUGCCCGGCCGGUUACGUGCCGGACCGCUGCGGCUGCUGCCUCGUGUGCGCGCAGGGCGAGGGCGCGCCGUGCGGGGGCGCGCAGCAGCGGCGCUGCGGCGACGGGCUGGAGUGCAGCGGCUCGGCGGGGAAGCGGGUCUGUCAGUGUAAGCAGAGCUACAGAGUUUGCGGCAGCGACGGCAGGACCUACAGCAGCCCGUGCCGACUGCGCGCGGCCAGCAGGAAGGCGCAGGACAGAGGACAGCGCGCCCUGACGCAGGCGCACAAGGGCCCGUGCGCACCGGCAAAGACAGGUUCCACACACCCCAACAGCCCCAGGUACAAGUUCAACUUUAUUGCUGAUGUUGUGGAAAAGAUCGCCCCGGCUGUGGUCCAUAUUGAGCUCUUUGUCAGCCACCCUCUGUUUGGACGCCAUGUGCCAUUGUCCAGCGGUUCAGGCUUUAUCAUGACAGAAUCUGGUCUGAUCGUGACCAAUGCUCAUGUGGUGACCAGCAGUGCUGCGGUAACAGGCCAUCAGCAGCUACGUGUGCAGCUCCACAAUGGCCAAACGUAUGAGGCCUCCAUCAGAGACAUUGACAAGAAAUCUGACAUUGCCACAAUCAAAGUCAACCCAAAGAAAAAACUGCCAGUGCUGCCUAUGGGUCGCUCUGCUGACCUUCGUCCAGGAGAGUUUGUUGUGGCCAUUGGCAGCCCGUUUGCUCUGCAGAACACAGUGACCACAGGCAUCGUUAGCACAGCGCAGAGAGAUGGAAAAGAACUUGGCAUCCAAGACUCAGACAUGGACUACAUCCAGACUGACGCCAUCAUCAAUUAUGGAAACUCAGGUGGUCCGCUCGUUAACCUUGAUGGCGAAGUGAUCGGGAUAAACACGCUGAAGGUGACAGCUGGGAUCUCCUUUGCUAUUCCAUCAGACCGUAUUAAUCGAUUUCUAGAUGAGUCUCAUGACAAGCACAAAGUUAAACACAGACUAGUCAGGAUGCAGUACAUGCAGUCUCACCCUGUGGUAUCUGACUCAGAUGUUACAUCCUCAAAGAAAAGGUUCAUUGGCAUUAGAAUGAUGACCCUCACUGAGGACCUGGUUGAAGAGCUAAAGCAGCAGAAUCCAGAUUUCCCAGACGUCAGCAGUGGAAUUCUGGUUUAUGACGUCAUUCCAGAUUCCCCAGCGCAAAAGGGUGGCCUUCAAACAGGUGAUAUCAUUGUAAAGCUGAAUGGCCGUCCAUUGCUCAGCAGUGAUGAUUUACAGUUUGCACUUCAGGAGGACACACCCCUUCUUUUGGAAGUUCAUCGCGGUAAUGAUGAUCUCCUGUUCAACAUUGAACCACACAUCAUCAUGCAGUGAUUGAGGUGGGCCCUGCCUGGGGACUUAGACAAUGAGCAUGUGGAACGCUGAAGGAACUUAACUGAGACCAAAGGACUGAGUUUCUACAGCCGGCACUAUGCAAUGUUGAAUAUCACGAAGUGCAAUAAAGGUGCAUCGCCAACCAAGGGACAGACAAAACCAGCAGUUUGUAAAUGAUGACUACUAAAGUACUGCAUUAUUUUCCUAGUGUUUCUGAAUGCAACUGAAUCCUCAGAAUACCGUUCAUAGUGGUGCUGCUCUUGGAGACAUCUGAAUAUGAUGGAGUCAAACAGUCAGUCACUGGAGCCAGUUGUCUGUGCUUUGUAUCCUUGCCCCUCAAUUUAAACAACCUGCAUGAGAUAUUCAUCAAAAUUACUGAAUGAAUAUGCUACUUAUUUUUAAUUGAUGUAAUUCUGGAACGCUGUGAUCCGUUUUUGGCACAUGCUGCAGGAUUGUAGUCCAUGCACCCUGAUGCGAGCAGGUCUUUGCAUAUGCUAUAUCUUCUCUGCUCAUGUUUUUUUUUAUUGAUGUGCUUACACUUUAUAGAAUUUGAUAAAAAAAAUUCAAUAUUCAUAUUGAAUGAGAAAAAGACUUAUUGAAUGUCAAAUGACAAAUGUACACAAAACUACACAACCAACUAUACCAGCGCAUCAAAAUGAAGUGCUGCUGUUUAGAGCUUUUUUCUUACAAAAUAUUCAUCAACUUGAAAAGUGCAGUACUGUAUGU